CUUUUAUGACAGUGUAGAAUCAGCACUGCGGUAACCGGUAUUGCACAAUACUGUAUCGUGACUAGAUUUCGGGUACCCAUACCCAUUCCAAUCUGGAAGCUGGCUCAUGCAAGGAUGUUUUUAAAUUUUUAAAUAUAGGCCUAUCUUGUUAAAAGCUAAUAAGCGAAAAGAUAUUGUGCAUCCUCGGAUUCAUCGGUCGAGAUGAUCGUCUUCAUAAUUUACAAAGUUAUGUAUUCUAAAAUGUGUGAACCUACAGCUAUGCAUCAGAAGGACUACAUAAUUAUGCAUAGGACAUCGGUGCAUAUUCGCGUUUGUUCAGUAUAAGACAUUCAGCUGUGCGAAUUAAUAACGAAAAAAAGAAGAAAAGCACUUUCUUGUAUCGUUUAUAAUUAUGUUUACUGUAAUCUGUUUUGUACCACUUUGGAAAUCUUUGGUGACUGGCUUUUGAUUUUCCAACAAUUUCCAACAAUAAUCGUUUAAGUAUGGAGAGUAGGAAAACAGCGACGGUCUUCAAAGGCAGGAUUCUUAACCAGGAAGCCUGGAAAACAAUCAUCCUACAAUGUAGUAGCAUCGUAAUUUUAUCAACUUUGCUUAGUCACUGUGAAGCCCAGUGUGAAAGCCGGACUGUAAGCUUUGUAGCUUCAAACGACUCUCAGACAAUCUUCUCUCCAAACCAUCCCUAUUCGUACCCGGAGGACACCUCCUGCUCUUGGCUCAUCAGUAGCCCUAUGCCUGCAGGAAGGAUACAACUAGAAGUGGUGUACAAGGACUUUUCUUGCUGCUGUGCAAAUGAUCAUUUAGUGAUACGAGAUGGUUCAAAUUCAUCUGCAAGAAUCAUCGCCUACCUUUGCUCUGAGCUGAACCCGAUCACGAUAACAAGCAGUGGACCAAACAUAUAUGGAGAGUUUAAAAGUGAUAGCGAUGGACAAACAGGAUUUGGAUAUACUCUGAAUUUUACCCAUUUUGAUUCGAAAUACUGUCCUCCCGGCUGGAUUGAAAGGUCCAGCUACUGCUAUAAAUUAUACGAUCCGUUACCAUGGCAACAAGCAAUAUUACGCUGUGGAUUCGAUGGUGGAUUCCUCUCCUCUGUCGUCGAUAAUGACGAAAACGAUUUUAUUGUGGAUUCUUUUCAAAACGAGACAGCAUCACUCGUAUGGUUGGGUUUGAACAAAGAUUGGCAAUGGCUAGAUGGUUCGAGUCCCUCGUUUUACAACUUUGAUAAUACGUCCGGAGAAACCUCGGGUUGUUCAGCAAUUGACUUAAGUGGAAAUGGACGGUGGCAACUUGCAAACUGCGACCACCAUUUAAAGUUCAUCUGCAAGAAAACGAAGGAUGGGUCCGGAGGCAGAUACUGGGCCGAGUUUCUCAUUGGUGACGACGAUGAAUCAACAAAUAUCUUUUCUACCGCCGUCGGUGUUAUUAUCGGAAUCAGCGUCGUCUUUUUUUGUACACGAAGGCGGUCCAACAACAGCAACGACAACAACUGUCAAUGUGGGACAUGCAUUGGUGAAAUAGCAUCAUGUGUAAGGAAUGUGGUGGCAGGGAUCUUUGAGUGCAUUUCCAGGGGUAUCUCUGCCUUAGGGCGUGCUCUGCUGUUCGUCGUAUCCUGCAAAUGUCUCAGGGGUGUGACCUGUAGUGAGGAAACGGGGACAGGCGAGGCGCCAUCGGAACACAAUCCUCAAACCUACCAACAAGAGGUAUCGUUAGAAGGAACACCUUCAGUCACGCGGGGUUCGGGGCAAUCAGGAGGCACGGAUCCCCAGUCACCGCCAGCGUAUGGGGAUAUUUCCUCAGUGCCCCCGCCUCCCUCUUACAGCGAAGCUUUGGAUCCGCAAUUUAACUUUGGGACAAACUCUACAUCACCAACGAACGUCGGAGAAACGAUAGCAGCGCCUUCUUACGAAUCGGUUGUUGGAUCUGUCGGGAAUGUUGAUGCGUCAGUAUAUGUUGUUUUAUAGUCGGCCGGUAUGUUCAGCCUAGGUUCCAAUACGAUUUUGUAAGACCUCAUGGUCAUGGAUACAUUUCCUCCAUAAUCACACAGUAAAAUAACGCUGUUCAUUAUUUACUUACAUAAUUCGGAUUAUGAAUCUUACAGUAGCUUAAAAGAUAUAAAUCACUCUUUAGAUUUUAAACAAAGUUUUAAUUUCAAUAUUCAAUUCUCAAAAAGUUAAGCAAUGUUGUUUAAAAUGUUUAUCAAUUACUGUUAGGUUUCAUAAUAGCAUGGACCUAAGAAGGUCCAUGAUAAUAGUUAACAGCGUUGCAUAACAUUUUAUUACUGUGCAGGGCCAGUGCCGACAAUAUUCCACGCAUACCACCUUUCAUUAUUAUGCACUUAUAACGGUGCACCCCAUGGGACUUUCAGGAAAAGACGUUACAAAAAAAUAAAUUUUUUUGAAAGCAAGAUACUGAAACAGAAUAAAAUUACUUGAAAAUGUUAUAUCAUACUUUUAUGAUUUCCUUAUUUCUGGUAAUACGAGAUGCUUUCAUGGACGUUAGUUUCGUUUAACUCUUUGAAGUUAAUUUACUCUGAAUUUAUGAUAAUGACAAAUGAUAUUUUAACAUUGGCUUUGAUCCUUAUCCCACCAUAUUUAUACCAGGAUUAGUAUUAUUCUAUAGAUAUUAUUCAAUAAUUAUCAUUGCAGUUUGCUUCCGUGCAUA